AUGGCCGAAAAAAUGAGUCACGUCGAUCCCGCCGCUGAGACACCUCCUCCACGGGGCUGGUGGGAGUAUGGAUACCUGGCAAAGCUGAAUGUCGGUAUCAUCUGCCUGACGUUCUUGUCUCCCUUCUCAACGGCCUCCAAGCUUUGCCCGGUUGGAUCGAAUUUAUGGAAUCCAAGCAGCGUGUGGCUCGGCUUCACCAACGCCCUCUACUGGAACGGCGCCGCUACAAGCACCCUCGCCGCAGCAACGGUCGCGAAUCGCUACGGACAAAAAGCGGGUAUCUAG